AUGCCGGCCAUGAGACUUCUCAUUGUGACCGUCGCUUGUUUAGGUCAAAUAACGUGCGCUGAACUCAAUCCUGCAUUGAAGAGAUGCGAAGACAAAGUAUUCGACGAUCCGGGAUAUUCGCCGAGCUGCACUUACACCUGCAAGAAUGGAAAUGUGACAGAUGAUACUGUUUAUUGGGGGAAUUAUGAAGAUGCUACCGUGUGUGUUGCUUUUCAAGAUGGUGACCCUAACAAGUUUGAUUAUGUUGGGACUUGCAAAAACGGAACUUGCCUUGAAUACAAAGAAGCGAACACUGAACAAGUAUGGAAGACACUUCCCGAGACACAAGCCCAGUUUCAUCACUGCGACUCCAAGUCAAGCAGGGAUCCCGUGGACAAGUGCAUGUAUAUUUGCAAGAAAAGUGAAGCUGGAGAAGAGGGAUAUUUCUACGGGAUCUACAAGGAUUACAAUCAAUGCAACUUCAACAAUGGGCCCGGCCAAUGCAGAAGUGGACGGUGUAUUGAUCAAGCGAUUGCCGGAAAGUAUCCCAUAGAAAACUGA